AUGCAGGCAAUCCGGAACCUUUUCAAGAACGACCUCGUUCUGGUCGGCACAAACCUCACCGUAGUAGCCGGCGUUGCGACUUAUCUAGGCUCUCGGGUGGAGAAGAAACUGGACCGCAUGGAAGAGGAACAGGAGGCGCGCAUGGACGAGAUUGAAGGAACACUACGCGGUCACAUCGGCUUGAUUGAAGACUCGUUGGACAGGAUCGAAGGCAAGCCGAAUGCUGGGAAGCAAGACAAGUUGUACAACGAGCGGACAAGAGACGCGAAGGGAGGUGUAAUCGGUUCCGAAGCCUGGCAGUUGCCCCCAGUAGGCCACCCCGACCGCCCCAAGGGCGUGCCAGACGAUCACACCAAGCGCUGGACCGUAUACGUGCGAGUACCUGACGGCGAUCCCGAUAUCAGAGCAUGGCUCAACAAAGUCUCAUUCAAGAUUUUCAACACAUACGAAAACCCGCUGCGCAUGGUCGAGAAGCCGCCGUUUGAGGUUACCGAGACAGGAUGGGGAGGCUUCAACAUCGAUAUAAGACUGCACUUCCAGCCCAUCUCAGGCGAGAAGGCGCAAUACCGACAACACUUCUUGCAGCUGGAAAAGUAUGGUGACGACAAAAUGCAAGCAGAGCAGGAACGGUCAGGUUGUGUGCGCUCCGAAUUCCUCGAAGUUGUGCAGUUCAACGAGCCCACCGAAGCCCUCUUUGACGCCCUCACAUCGGAAGACCAGUGGAACUACCUCAUACCUGUCGGUAAGGGCGGCUCGAAGAAGGCAUCGCUGGGCGCAAACGGAAGACUUAGGCGCGGCCUGCCCAAUGGCGAGCGGAGCGCUCAGCUGCCAGAGAAGGGAGGCGACGAGGUUCCCUUCAGUCAGGAACAAGAGCAGGCACUACAAGAUUUCUUCAAACAAAAGAUGGAGGACGUAGAGAAGCAGUUGGACAAAGAGGCCAAGAAGAAGGAAGAGGUAGAGGCUAAGCUUAAAGCAUUACGCAGUGAACUGGGGCACGAGGCUGCUCAGCAGGCAGCGCAGCAGGCUAGUGGAGACAGGAGCCGGCGCAGGUGA